GUCCUUCGACUUCGAUAUUCGAAGUCGAAGGCUUUUACUUCAACGGUCGAAAAUCGAGGGUUAAUUAAUAGUAAAUGUGCCCCUUGGGGUUGUAGUGCAACUUGAACACACCCAUAUACAUAUAAUACCUGGCAUUAUUGUAAUAAUCUGAAACAAUUUGUGACAUAGUGCACCAGUCUGAAGACCGAGAGCAUGGGGAGCACAGUUGGUUGGGGCUACAACUACGCCUGUCACAAGCUGCUUGGGGGAACAGUGUGUCCAGGGGUGUGUUUUUGUUAAUUGGGCAUGAUAUUUUGAGGGUGGGCUAGUCCUAAAAUGUUGCCUCUGUGCUAUGUGCAGCAGUUAUACAGCUAUGUCCAUCUUGAAGUUUUUCAAAUGUUGAGAGGCUGGGUGUGAUGUCUGAGGACAGGGCUGCUAAACUGAAGCUGAAGAGGAGGAAGGGCAGUGCAGCACAGGAGCCACAGGCAUCAGAGAUCAGCCGUCACCCUCCUGCAGCAUCAUCUGUAUCGGCCAAAAGAUCAUCUGAUAUGAGCUUUUUCUGCACAGAACAGAGAAUAUUCAAAUGGGCCCCAUGUACAGAUGGAAACAGAAAAGUUGAGCAGGGGCUGCAGGGAGUUGUAACUGAAGUUGCAAGAGCCAGCGGGAAUCUUUCAAAUGCAAGGAAGAUUACUGGUGGUUCCUGGCUUUCUGAUAUCAAUUUAACAGCUACCGAGCAAACAUGGAAGGAGGUUCUGAAUGCGGCUUUUACAGAUCUGCAGAAUGUGGGCUGGGAUGGAGUGCCUUGCCUGCCAGCCUUUGAUAGUAAGGUCGCUGAUAAGGGACAAAACGGCAUGGCUGAACCUGAAAUCUUUAAAAUUGGGGAGCAAAGAUUUGAAUGGUUUCCAUUUCCCACCGACUCGCCCCAACACAUAACAGACCAAAGAGACACCAUGCAGGAGAGACACACCGAGAGAACAAAUUCAGCUGAGGAACAAAAAGGAUCACAACUCUCGACUGAUAUUGUCAUUGCACCUGAGACUGAGGAAACAAAUGCCCAAGUGAAAGAGAGAUUCAUCUUUAAUGUGCCACUAGUGCAGGCUAAACACAGGCCUAAUAACAGUGCAGAGCACAAGCCACAUACUGGCCACACACAUUCUGCCCCCAAACUGGCCAUAAGUGAGAGGAGCCACUUGUCUCAGGCCCCCGAAGGAGCAGAAAAGAGACAUCAGGAAAAUAUACAAACUAAUGACAUUGUGAUGCAGGACUUGGAGGAAGAUAUCAGACCAUGCUCUUCUAGGUCACAGGAACCAAGGGAAAGUGCAAAGACGUCAUCGGGAAAUGCAGGAUCGCUGGAGAGCUGCCCCAUGUGCCUAAUGCAGUUUUCUAAGAGGUUAUCUCAGCUUGAUAUUGACAGCCACCUGGCCCAGUGCUUGUCUGAAACAACGGUGGAUAUGAUGUGGUAAAAUCCUUCAUUCAUACAAGAAGAAUCAAGUCUCUUUUCUCUUUCCACGUUGGCUGUAUUGGCAGGAGCUCUAGUUCCAGCAGUUUCUUGGCUUUACAGUAGCUUAGGCCAAUGCUACUAGCAACAAGGAGCGGGUGUCUUUCUGCAGGUUUGGGGCCAUUGAGGUCGUCAUACAAUGUGCAAACUGGGACCAUAAAAAUUCUUGGGUGGACAUCUGACCCGUGUGCCUUCAGCUUGACAGCUCUGCUUGUUCAGGAAACACUAAAAUAAGCUAAUGUGCUCAUGAAAACUGAUACAACUGCACGUGUAUGGGAUAGUCGCACCAACGGCAGUGUAUAUUGGGAAUAACAUGGCAUUUUGGAGCCAAAGUUGCAGUGCUUUAGAGCCUUUAUUCCCAGUAAACACGGGCAGUACUGUAACCUGGCGUGUAUGUGUUCCUUCAUACGGUAUAUUUGCUGCUCCAUGAGGUGCAAGAGAACUGCACAGUGGAUGAGAUUAGUGCACUCACUUAUAUUACAUGUAACAACAAAAGAUCUGUUUAGACAGAGAAGACUACAGACCUAAAUGUUCUAUUUCAUAGUGUUGUCUGUCAAUUGAUCUUCUUACUCUGUAUCAUUCUGCCCCUUUCAUUGCAGAGGAAAACUGUAGGCAUUGAAUUGUAACGCUCUAAUGCAUGAUCAGGAUGUUUUAUAUAAAAUUUGGGGGAUGUUCCUUCUGUGCCAGGACUAAAUAUAUAGAGCCCAUUCCUCACAACUGCCUUUAACCCUGUGAUGUGGAAUCACCCACUUUAGUACUGUAUCAUGAGAACUGGUCCAAUAGAUACAGUCAAUAAAUGGUGCAUUAGCAGCAAAAAAAUUAAUUACUAAAUGAUUUUGUGUUAAUGGAGAUCAAAAAUGGACAUUAAAUUAGAUUGUGUUUUUGGGAACAUUACUAAGAAAAGGUAUGUAUUGCACAGUGCUGAGUUCUAUGUCUGAUUGGACAUAAGCUCAGUGUAAACUUAAGGGCUCAUUUAGGUCCAUAGUCACAGAGGCAAACUGUGAGUUGCAUCUGAAGCCAGUUUCAUUAAAGGGGUGGUUCAUCUUUAAAUUAACUCAGGGAGGUCUAUUUACUAAAACUCAACUUUUUCUUCACUUCCUUCCCCCAAAUUUUUCGAAUUGUUGCUCUGAAAAUUCAAAUUUAUUGGAUUAUCACUUGAAAACCAGCGCAAACAGCCUGAAACUAAAGAAUCCUGAAGGUAAAAAACAUGUUCCAGCUAGUGAUGUGCGGGUCAGUAUUUUCCUGAGCCGAACCCACCCACCCGACUUCUGGGUUCCUUUCAUAGACCCGCAUGACAUCGCAAAAGGGGCGGUGUGCGCAGGCGCACGUCUAUAUAAGUUUAACCCGGAAGCCGGCAUUUGUAAGGUCAUGGGCGGGGAGAAUAGUCAAAAGAGCUCAACCCGCACUCGCCCGCGAUCCGGAAAGAGGGGUGUUCCAACUGUUUAAAGGGACCACCUGCCAUUAACUUCUACAUGAUUUUGAGAGAUUUUAGCUGGAGUAUUAUCAGAUUCAAAUUUUUAGCAGCUUCAAUAAUAAAUCUUGAAAAAUGUGUUU